UAUCGCUACUUGAGUACAUCCUCCCUAGACACUUCUUUUCUCCAUUCUCAGAGAUUUAACGCACCUCAUAUCUAUUCAUUAGAAAAUUACGUUUAUAUUAUAUAUAUACACCAUUAGUGGUUGGGCAAUAGGAGAUUUCCUUUUUCGCCAGGUUUUGCAUUGCAAUCAGAAGUGUGGAUCGAGCAAGGAUCAUCCACUGUGCUUCUUACUGUUUGUGGUUCCUCAUUUAUGUGUGCACUUUAAAGCCAAGUUCACCAUGGCUAGUGCAUUAACAGAAGCAACCUCAACAAUUCAAUCUCCUGUAACUGAAGUUGAGGAGAAGAUUAAAAUUGGGUGUUGUGUUGGAAGUGGACCUGGAUAUGCAAGUCCUAAAGAUGCAAUAAAUGGUCCUCGAGAGAGGCUUCUUUAUGUCACAGCUGUAUAUACAGGAACUGGCAGAGGAAAGCCUGACUAUUUGGCCACAGUAGAUGUAGAUCCAGAAUCUCCAACUUAUUCAAAGAUUGUGCACCGCUUGCCUGUGACUCAUUUAGGUGAUGAAUUACAUCAUUCUGGAUGGAAUGCUUGUAGCUCUUGCCAUGAUGAUGGUUCUGCACAGAGACGUUACCUUAUUUUACCAUCACUUGUAUCGGGCCGUAUUUAUGCCGUUGAUACAUCAAAGGAUCCAAGAGCACCAACCCUUUACAAGGUUGUUGAGCCUGAAACUAUUUACACCAAGACUGGGCUGGCAUAUCCACAUACAGCUCAUUGUCUUGCAAGUGGUGAUAUUUUAAUCUCUUGUCUUGGAGACAAAGAUGGGAAUGCAGAGGGAAAUGGCUUCCUUCUUCUAGAUUCGGAUUUGAAUGUAAAAGGAAGGUGGGAGAAACAAGGUCAUAGUCCCACAUUUGGCUAUGAUUUUUGGUACCAACCACGACACAAGACAAUGAUUAGUUCAUCCUGGGGAGCACCAGCAGCUUUUACAAAAGGAUUCAAUCCUCAACAUGUUUCAGAUGGACUAUAUGGAAGGCAUUUGUUUGUUUAUAGCUGGCCCGAUGGCACAUUAAAGCAAACAAUUGAUCUGGGUAAUGAAGGGCUCAUACCAUUGGAGGUGAGAUUUCUUCAUGAUCCAUCUAAAGAUACAGGUUUUGUAGGGUGUGCUUUAAGCAGCAAUAUGGUUCGUUUUUUCAAGAAACCAGAUGGUUCCUGGGACCAUGAGGUUGUGAUAUCAGUGCCACCAUUGAAAGUUAAGAACUGGAUUUUGCCAGAGAUGCCUGGGUUGAUAACCGAUCUUCUUAUUUCCUUGGACGAUCGAUUUCUUUAUUUUGUGAAUUGGCUGCAUGGGGAUAUUAGACAGUACAACAUUGAAGAUCCUGCAAAGCCUGUAUUGACUGGCCAAGUAUGGGUAGGGAGUCUAAUUCGUAAGGGUAGUGACGUUGUAGUUGAGAAAGAAGAUGGAGAGCAGUGGCAGUCUGAUGUUCCUCAUGUUCAAGGUAAGCGUUUGAGGGGAGGGCCACAGAUGAUUCAGCUCAGUUUAGAUGGGAAACGCCUUUAUGUGACAAACUCAUUAUUUAGUGCUUGGGACCGUCAAUUCUACCCGGAAAUGAUUGAGAAGGGCUCUCAUAUGUUGCAGAUAGAUUGUGACACGGUGAAGGGUGGACUUGCAAUAAACCCUAACUUCUUUGUAGAUUUUGAAUCUGAACCAGAAGGACCAGCUCUGGCUCAUGAGAUGAGAUAUCCAGGAGGUGAUUGCACCUCAGAUAUCUGGAUCUGAAAAGAACUGAUUACCCAUGGUAUCUUUAAAUAAUGUACAGAUGCAUUUUUUUUUUCUGACGUCCUGUCUGACCUGUGUAUUUCAAUAAAUGUUUGAAAUGUUAAAUAAUAAGGAAAUUGGGUACCUCUGUGAAAACUUUGUUGAGAACCCAUAUGCACAAACAAGUAUUCAAGUUCCCGUGUAACAAAAUUGUUGGCACAUUUCAUAUUUUCAGUUGCAUGUUUCUUUAACUUAUACAUCAUGAAUAUAUUAGAUUCUUGUAUGAUAUUCACAGAA